GAUGGCCAUCAAGUGAAGUAACGAAUCUAGACGGGCGUGACUGGGACGCGACGCACCUGAUUAUAACCCUACCACCUUCCGAUGGCUUCGGCAGUCUGGAGCAGAGCAUCCUCGAUCGUCUCCUCCUCCUCCGUCAUCUCCUCCGCCACCGUCCGCCGACGCUUUCCCCUGGUCGGCGCAUUCUGCGUCCUCACCUUCGGCCUCUCCAACCUCUCCUAUUCUCUCCUCAAGACGGGCUGCGCUCAGUCUCUCCCCUUUGCUCCGCUCUUAAGAUCGAAGUUCGGAGGACGUUCAGCAGGCAGCAGGACUUUCCGCUCCGCGAGAAUGGAAGCCGGUGGUAACACUGUGCCGAGCAUUGUCGUCUACGUCACUGUUCCAAACAAGGAAGCAGGGAAGAAGUUGGCUGAGAGUAUAGUCCGAGAAAAACUUGCAGCAUGUGUGAAUCGAGUACCAGGUAUUGAAUCAGUUUAUCAGUGGGAAGGAGAGGUGCAGACAGACUCCGAGGAAUUGCUGAUAAUCAAGACGAGGCAAUCUCUGCUAGAAGCUCUCACUGAGCACGUCAAGGCCAACCAUGAAUACGACGUUCCAGAAGUCAUAGCUUUGCCUAUUCUUGGGGGCAGCGUCCAGUACCUGGAAUGGAUUAAGAACAGCACCAGGGAUUGAGGUAAUUUCUGUAAGAAAACCUGGUUUCGGAAUCAUGUACUUAGUACAAAAACCAUCGCUGCCGUUUCCAUGUGCCGACCCUGUUAGUUUGGCAUCUCAUGGUUUCUGUGAGCUUGAAUAAAGAUGGUUGGUUCACUUCUGUAAGUUGGUAUAUAAGAAUGAAUACUGCUGGUCAACUGUUUCUUCGGUUUCCUCUUC